AUGGUCAAGCUCUCACAGUUCAUAUCUGCUGUCGCGUUGCUUUCUACACCUGCCUUUGCCAGCCAAGCUUGUACAUCGUUCUACAAUAUCACUGUCCCAGGAGCAGAAGUACUCAAUAUUACCAGCGUCUUACAGUCCAAUGUUAGCACCCCGGCAUUUCCACCUGGGCCGACAGAAUCCGGUCUCUCCUUCUGCGAUGUCACAGUUGUGCUCACACACCCCGGUGAAAACGACACGGUUACUACAGAAGUCUGGCUGCCUAUCGUAGGUUGGAAUGGCCGCUUCCAGGCCACUGGAGGUGGAGGAUUUUUGAGUGGGAUUGGAUCUGCUGAACUCGGGCCUGCUAUUGCUGAAGGAUACGUAGCUGCUUCGACCGACGGAGGCAACAUUGGGCUUGGAAUUGGUAUAAACCCGGCGGCAUUUAACAGCGACGGCCCAAUUCCGGGAAUUCUGGCUGAUUACAUUUAUCGAUCCGUGCAUGACAUGGCGAUCAUUGGCAAAGCCGUCACGAAAAGCUAUUACGGCAAGGCUCCAAACUACUCUUACUGGAAUGGAUGCUCGACGGGUGGUAGACAGGGCUUGCAAGCCGCACAAGCGUAUCCUGAUGACUUUGAUGGGAUCAUGGCUGCUUGCCCUGCGAUCAACCUUGCCGAAGCUAUCAUUGCAAUAGAGUGGCCAUACAUUGUUAUGAAUAACGACAAGACUGCCCCAUCUCAAUGUGUUUUCAAUGCUUUUCUAAAUGCCAGUAUUGCACAGUGUGAUGGACUAGACGGUGUCAAAGACGGCCUCAUCAGUAAUGUCACGGGCUGCGAUUUUGACCCCUACGAAUUAGUUGGAACUCAGGUUCAAUGCGAUGGAACGACAGUCACCAUCAGUGAAGCAGUUGCCACCGUAUACCGCAAGAUCCUCGAUGGUCCGAAGACCUCAUCCGGCGAUAGCCUUUGGCCUGGUUUGAAUGUUGGUGUUCGUACCGAUGACCUUUACCCUGGUGAUGCUCAUACGGUCACAACCAAUGGAACAACAAUCGCAGUCCCAUUUCCCGUGGGUGAUGAAUGGGUUACGUACUUUAUAAAACACAACUCUUCAUUCGACACGCAUUCGAUCACCUACGCCGAUGUCGCCGACCUUUUUGCUGAAAAUGUGAAAAGUUAUGGCAAUGAUAGCUCCAAUGAUCCAAACCUUUCUCCCUUUCAAAAAGCUGGCGGCAAAAUGAUCGUCUGGCAUGGCUUGGCAGAUAACCUCAUUCCACCCACAGGAACAUUGAGAUAUCGCCAGAAGGUCGAGGAGCUCCUCGGAGGCACGGAUGCUGUAAAUGACUUUUGGCGCCUGUUCUUCGUUCCUGGUGUCAGUCACUGCGGUGGGGGAUAUGGACCUGUUCCCACGGACCCCUUGGCCGCAGUAGUUGCUUGGGUCGAAAAUGGAACUGCUCCUAACACAUUACCUGCCCAGUAUGUCGACACUAGCGGCGCUACCGUGAACCACGACAUCUGUAAAUACCCUCUUGUGUCGAGGUAUGAUGGCAAAGGAGACCCCAAGGUCGCUAGCAGCUACACCCGCGCUGACUCUUUUGGGCCCGCGUCUUAG